AUGGCUCUACAGCCGCGGCGAUGGACACUACCAGAAUACUUUCUUGCAAGUUUGUUGUUCCAGAUUGCUGGUAGAUUGAGAAACUACACUCUGAAUGCAAGAAUAGACUUCUUAGUGACCACUCUGCCGUACUUUGAACGAGAUAUACGCGACUGGGGUGGCCAGUCAAGAACCUAUGAGAGGCAUGAUCUUACAGCAAAAGCUAGAGACGGAUUUUUGCGCCGAGCGUUGGCAGACACAGGUUCCGGAUUCAAUGAAUACUCCUACAUACAAGAGUUCAGGCCAUGCCAUGAUAUGGCUAUGAGAGCUAUUUCGGAUUUGUAUGUUCCCGCAGGCAACAAUAGAAAAGCGGAUAUCAAACGAGCUCUAUCGCAGCUCAGUCUCGUAUGUGAUGAAUGGAGUUGGACUCAAUUUCAUAACCCGUUUGCCGCCGACGAGGUCUUGCAGAACUACGACCUAUAUGGAGGAGUCAACGGAGAUAAAUUCCCUCAUGAUUUUCAGAAUCCCCGAAAUAAACGCGAACGCUGA